AUGAUCAUCAGCAAGGAGAACCGCCGAGUCAUCUACGAGAACCUCUUCAAAGAGGGUGUCCUUGUUGCCAAAAAGGACUUCAAUGCUCCCAAGCACGAGGAACUUGACGUCCCGAAUCUGCAGGGCUACGUGAAGACUCAGUUCUCGUGGCAAUGGUACUACUAUGUGCUCACCCCGGAGGGUGUUGAAUACCUCCGCGAAUGGCUUCACCUCCCCGCUGAGAUUGUCCCCGCUACCCACAAAAAGGCUGCUCGCCCACCGCGCCCCGCAGGUGUUCGCCCGUCUGGCGAUGGCGCCUACCGUGCUCCCCGUGGAGACCGUGAUGACUACAGGAAGAAGGACGCUGGUGGUGCUCCCGGCGAGUUCCGCCCUCAGUUCGCUGGUGUGGGACGUGGCGGACCGAGGGAGUAG